ACCCAGAUUGAAUAUAAGAACUUGCUCCUCCACCAUGAGGGUGGUCUCAUCUUGGCAUAAGAGGAUGCCAUGAACUAACAUAUUGGGGCGGGAACGGGAAUUGAAAUUAAAAUAUUUGGCCACCGGGAAGUUCAGCCUUUGGCAGUUGGAGUGAAGGUGCUCAACGACGUGGUCCCCCAGUUUGCAACAGGUCUAACUAACAUAGAGGAGGCCACAUUGGGAGCACCGGACGUAAUGGAUAACCCCAGCAGAUUCACAGGUGAAAUGUUGCCUCAUCUGGAAGGAUCGUUUGGGGCCUAAAUGAGGACAAAGAAAAUAGGAGUUCUGAAGAGGAGGUGGUAUAUAUUGCAGUUGUUCCAGUUUUAGAAAUAAUGGAAAUUCAAGAUACUUACUGUACAUUCCCAAGCUCGCAAAUAUCAGAAGAGGAUCCCCUAAUUUCAAGGCCAAUGGUUAGGAGCCAUUUCUGCAAGCCACCUCCAGAUACCUUCAACGCUGUAUAUGGGAUUUUCUUCAUCCUUGGUAUUGGCUCACUACUGCCUUGGAAUUUCUUCUGCACUGCCAAGCAUUAUUGGUUGUAUAAACUGGGCAAUGGCACAGAUUCUCACCAGCAGAAUGACCUCAGUAGUUACUUUGAAAGUUAUCUUUCGAUUGCAUCAACCGUGCCUGCUAUAGUGUUCCUGAUCAUCAACUACCUCCUGGUGGACAAAAUUUCUGCUAAGGUUCGAGUGCUGUCAUCACUGCUCGUCAUGCUUAUUAUAUUCUGCGUCACCACAGUUCUGGUCAAAGUGGACACUUCUACAUGGACUUAUGGGUUCUUUGGUCUGACUAUGAGCUGUGUGGCCAUUGUCAGUGGAGCUUCAAAUGUGUUUCUGGGAAGUGUGUUUGGAGAGGUUGGAAGAUUUCCCAUGAGAAAUGCCCAGGCUUUGAUUUCUGGGCAAGCCAUGGGUGGAACAAUUAGUGCAGUUGCUUCAAUAGUUGACCUGGCUGCGGCUGGUUCUAUUUUGGACAGUGCACUGGCCUAUUUUAUUACUGCCGAUAUCUUCCUUGUGAUCUGCAUCAUUAUCUACUUGCUGUUGCCUACCAUCCCAUAUUCCAACUACUAUCUGAAGAAUCUGAAUGAAAGAACGCAACAUCUCGGAGAUGAAAAUGGCAGCAUACAGAGCAGUGAAACCAACUCGUUUAGAGAGUCUGUCAGGAGUGACUCCCUGUCCAGCGAUGCCUCUGUGCCUUCUCAACUGGGACUAAUCCUCAGAAAGACUGCAGCCCUGGGCUUCAGUGUGUUUUACACCUUUUUCAUUUCCAUUAUUAUUUUCCCAUCCAUCUCUUCCAAUAUCCAGUCAGUCUCAAAUAAAUCAAACAACAUAUGGACCACCAAGUACUUUGUACCUCUGAUCAGCUUCCUCUUAUAUAACUUCGCAGACUGGACUGGUCGACAGGUAACUGCCUGGAUCCAAAUCCCAGGACCAAAGAGUAAAUUUCUUCCCAUCCUGGUGGUGUUGCGAACACUGCUCCUGCCCUUGUUUAUACUCUGUAAUUACCAGCCCCGAGAACACUUACGCCUGAUGUUGUUUGCUCAGGAUUUUUAUCCAGUUAUCUUCAUCUUAAUUUUAGGCUUCACCAAUGGCUACUUGGGAACUCUGCCAAUGAUUUAUGGACCAAAGAUUGUGUCAAAAGAAUUAUCUGAACAUACUGGAAUUGUGAUGUCCUUUUUCCUUUCUCUGGGUCUAGCUAUUGGUUCUGCCUUCUCUGUUCUUGUUGUUCAUCUGAUUUAGCAGAAUACUUUGGAAUUGCUAACUAAAUGCCAAAUUAAUUCGGUUGAGGCCAGACCAAGAUUGGAAUUUCAUCUUUUUUGGACAGGUAGUUGUAACUACUGAUAAGCUGAAUGAAAAGACUUGUUCUUUGAAAGUGCCUUUAAUACCCUGUCCAGGAUCUCCCUAGCUGUUUUAAGGCAAUUAGGUAUACUUGAAGUAUAAUUACUGUCGUAACAUGAGGAAAUGUGACAAGUUGUUUUCACACAAGAAUCUCAUCCAAACGGAAAAAUGUUUCUGACCAGUUAAUCUGCUCUGGUGAUAAAUUAAGGAUAAUUAUUGGCCGGGACUAUGGGAAGAAAUGCCCUGAUCUUCUUCAAGAAUCAAGAUUUUCUGUACAUGAGUGUAAAGGAGAACAAAAUGAACAUUACUCCUGAUCUGAUGCAGCAUUAAAGAAAACACAGAAAGUAUAAACACCACAGUGAAUGUAAAGGUAUUCCUAUAAAGCACAAUGUACAAGUAUAUUUAAGAAUUGCAUUCACUUGAAAGCAAGCAAGUCUUCUGUUUAAUUUCAAAUCAGAAUCAGCACAUUCAAGAGUUCUCAGUCCUUUGUUACCACACUAACAUAGUAGUCUGGGAUUUUGUGCUCGACUACUUGGAUUGAGGCUUAGAUCCUUGACCUUCUGAUUCACAAGCAGAAGUGUUUACCCAUUAAACAACGGCUGAUUUUUUUUGUAUAAUUUGGCAAUUUUCAUCCUGAUGAUCAAUUUGUCUUCACUUUGAACAACCCUGGAUCAACUUUGAUGUAGCACCUAUGUAACCCAAGCGAGACUAUAGAAUAAAAUUUAUUUAAAUCUUACAUCCAUCCCGCAAUGUGGGGGAGUAAAAAUCUUUGAGUUAUGACUCCAUCACUCAGUCAUGUGAAUUUAAAAGUCUAAUGGGUUGCAGCAAGAAGCUGUUGGCCCUGGCUCCAAUGCUGUGGUACCCCUUGCCAGAUGGAAGCAACUGAAACAGUUUAUGGUUGGGGUGACUGGUCUCCCCGAUGAUCUUCCAGGCCUUCUUUAUGCUUCUAUAAAUGCCCAUGCCCCCAAUGGAGGGAAGUUCAUGUUCACGAAUGCGCUGGGCUGUCCGUGCCACACUCUGCAGAGCCCAAUGAUCAAGGAUGGUGCAGUACCUGUACAAGGCAGUUAUGCGUGUGCAAGCUUCAGAGCAGGUGAGGCAACACUUCAUCUGAAAAUCUGCUGGGGUUGCCCAUUGUGUCAGUUGCUCCCAAUGCAGCCUCUAUAUUGGUGAGACCCGUUGUAAAUUGGGGAACCACUUUAUCUAGCACCUCUGCACCAUCUGCCACAAGUUGGACUUCCCAUUGGCCAAACAUUUUAAUUUCCAUUCCGACAUGUCAAUCCAUGGCCUCCUCUUGUGCUAAGAUGAGAACACCCUUGUAUUCCAUUUGGGUACCCUCCAAGCUGAUAGUAUGAAUAACGAUUUCUCCUUAUGGUGAACAGAAUUUCUCUCUCCCUCCCCCUUUCCCCACUCUGACCUUUUACUACUUCUCAUCUGCCUAUUGUUUCACUCUGUCCCUUCCUCCUUCCAUUCUCCUAUUCCCCACUCUCCUGUCCUAUCAGAUUCUUUAUUGUCCAGCCCUUGACUUUCCCCACCCACCUGGCUUCACCUAUCACCUUCCAGUUAGCUUCUUUCUCCUCCCCCCCACCCCAACUUUUAAUUCGGGCAUCUCCUCCCCUUCCCUUUUAGUCCUGAUGAAGGGUCUCGGCCCAAAACGUUUACUGUUGUCCAUAGAUGUUGCCUGACCUGUUGAGUUCCUCCAGCAUUUUGUGUGAAGCUUCAGAUUUAUCUUGAUUAGUUAGGAUAGUUCAUUGGUUCUGAAUGUUCCUUUGGCCCAACUAUCCUGGUACUCAACUGCCUCUCGCCACCAUUUCAUUGGGAAAGGUGGCUGAUGUAAUUUUGGGUGGAGCAGAAAGGUGAGAACUAGAUAAAAUACAUCCCACAAACAUGAACUAAAUUUGUUUCAACAGGCACUGUUUUAAAUGCUGUUUUACACUGUUUUAAAUGCUCUGGGGUACCUAAUUACACAUCAGUUUUCUAUGGUCAAUAUGCCUUGAUCCCAUAGUAUGGCACAAAGAAACAGAAAUGCCACUUAAUGUUUAUAUUUUAACUGCAUUGUUUACUGUUGCAUACUCAAAUAGAUUCCCUUUUUAAAAGUGGCAACAGUUUUUUAUUGAAAUAUUUUAGAUACUUCAGAAGAAAAGUAUUGUGCAAAACAACAUAUUGUCUACUUUCAACGUUAAGUCAUUACAAAUUACCUAUUUUGCACAUAGUGGCUUGACAGUUGGUUAGAAAGUUGUGAAAAUAAUUGAAACUGUUUUAUUAUGUCGAUUUUAUCAAUUUGCAUUGCGUAAAUCAGCACAAAAAUAUUACUGAAACUUCAUGGAGAUAGCUGGGAAAUAAAAUUGUGGAUCUAUUUUUAACUUUAA